AUGUCGCAGCGGGGGCGGCACCUCGUCCGCCUGUCCUUCGGCGUGAAGGAGUGGGGCUCGGGCACGGAGCUCUGGCGGUCCUCCCCCGUGUUAGUGUACACCCCGUCCCUACCCGAGCGCGGCGACGACGCGCUCGAGCUCGGGGCGCGGUACUGCCCGGACGACGAGCUCCAGGUCUACGACGACGCGCGCGCGAACCUCGUCCACAUCUCCAUCUCGCUCGACGGCGGCGACCCCAUCAUCCUCCCGAGCACGGACGCCUUCCGCGCGGCCAUCGGUCUCGCGGAGAAGGCCGGCGACGUCGUCUACACGCUCCUCGCGCGGAUUCCGACGCCGUCGACGACGGUCUGCUCGCGGGUCUGCUGCGGCGCCAACCUCGCCGCCAACGAGGAGUUCAACGAGGUCGCCGCGCAGUUCUUCUUCGCGACCGACCGCCGGAAGGGCGACCUGAAGAGGCCCCGCGGCGACAAGCGAGUCAAGCUCGUGUUCCCUAACGGGACGCAGCGUACCGUCGAGUGGACCGCCGCCUGGCCGUCCGAGUCCAUGCCACUGCUGCUGACGACGGCCAUCAUCUCCGAAUUCCGGAGAUGCAUGGCCGUCGACGCGGCCGAGGGCGGCGCGACGGCGGCGUCGAUGUGCGCCGCGUCGGCCUCGGACGCGCACGUCGCGUUCCGCUUCGAGGAGCGCGCCGACGGCAAGGUCCGCGUCAUCGUCGUGUCGGGCACGGUCUUCAUGAUCUGGCCCGACAUCUUCGAGCUCUGCAACGUCCGCGAGAAGGUCGCGAUCGCGCUCGACGUCUCGAGCGCCGCGGCCGAACGCGUCGCGCCGACGCCAUUCCACUACCGAUGUCCGUUCUGUGAGCGGAGCGUCGCCGGCCGUUCGAUGAACGACCUCUCGGCCCUCCUGGCGCACAUGGGCCGCUGCUGCCCGAACGACGACGCGCGGCGCGCCGUCGCGCGCCUCGAGCGCCUCGCCGCGAAGUCGUCGCUCGGCCCCCGCGAGGACGCCGCCGAGCUUUCGCCGCCCGCGGGCCCGAUGCUGCGGCCGCCGACCGCGUCCGUCGCGGGGCAGCGCCUCGACGUGCUGCGGCUCCGACCUCUCGGGCCCGAGCUGUCGUCGGGCGCUCGGGCCUUGGACGCGAUGAUCGGGUCCGGCGCGCUCGCGCGCUCGCACCCCAUGACCGAGCGCAUCGACGUCUUCUGCCGGAGCAUGAGCGGCCUGAGCGUGAAGUGGGGGGGCACGGAGUCCCUCCUGUCCUUGGAGCGCAACGUGAAGACGCACGGCAACGUCUACGGCUUGCGCGGCGGCGCCGGAUCCAGCGACCUCGACGACCGCCAGCAGCCGACCCUGCAGACCAUCGCCGCGACGAACGACGUGCUCGUGCCGCCGGGCACGCACCGGAACUCGCGGCUCGCGCUCCAGCCCUACUCCGGGUCCUACCCCGACGGCAUCAUGCGGGCCUACGAGGCCGUGUCCGACGCGUGCGGCGCGCCGACGCUCGGCGCCGCGGGCGACGGCGCCGUCCUCGCUCGCGUGGCCACCGGCCAGUUCGACGGCGUGCCCGUGGCCGUCGGCGCCUCGCCCGUCUACGCCACGGCCUCGGACGACGAGGCCGUCGUCUUCGUCGGCUUCUACCCGCCCGUGACGCAGGCCGACGCGCUCAAAUUCGCCGACGACGUCGCCCUGGACCCCGCGGCGGCCAUGGAGACGCUCAUGGCGGGUCGGCAGAUGGUCUCGGGCGUCGACUUCAGCCACUUGGUGCUCGUCGGCACGAACCUGUCGUUCCCCGUCGCGAAGCACUUCACGCCUCCCAAGGGCGGCGGAAAAGCCGCCGACCUCCGCCAUAUCGGCCGGGCCUGGUCGUCGGCGCUCGUCUGCAACCGCUGCCGCGGCACGCGCUGGGCCGACGACUGCGUGUCCAGCCGGCUCUGCGCGACGGGCGAGUGCGUCUACCGCCCGCCGACGGCCGCGCGCUGCGCGACGGACGCGCCCUGCGACGAGUGCCGCGCCUUGGGCCACACGACGGCGAACGGGCGGCUCCGCGCGUGCCGGCGCAGCCUCGAGGCCAAGGCCCAGUGCAGGCGGUUUGCGGUGCUGGUGGUGACGGCGGACGGCGAGCACUCGGCCGCCGUCAACGCCUGCAACGAAUACGUCGCGGCGUUCGUCGACGGCUCGGUCCCGCAGCCGCUCGAGGCCCUGAUCUCCGCGGCGCCGGGCCUGCGCGAGUUCCUGCGCGCCGAGCGGCCGCUGUGCCUCGUGGACUUCGUGCACUCGCUGCGCCGCAUCUGGGGCAAGUCCCAGGACUACUUCCUGCUCUCGGGCGACGAGCUCGUCUCGACGCACCUGCUCAUGGCUCUGCGGAGCUUCGCGGCCCGGCCGCACGAGUGGGUGAAGCACUUGUCGACGAAGGCGCUCCGCGCCAAGAACAGGCUCUGCUCCCAGUCCGUGGUGAGCCUCGGGCGCCUGCUCCUCGAGCGGCUCGUCGCCACGGACGCGCCGCGCGGCGUCGCCGUCACCGUGGUCCCCGAGACCUACCUCGUUUGGAAGAAGGACCUGCGCCACAACCUCGUGCGCUCGCCCUGCGCGCUCGCCUGCGCGACCAAGUCGACGCUCGUCUUUGUCGUGACGCGCGAGGGCUCGGUCCUCGCGGUGACGAACAAGCAGCCGGCGACCGUGUCCUUGGUCGCGGGGUCGGGCGCGCUCGCGACGACGCCCGCGACGGCCGUGCCGAAGAAGGCGUCGACGAAGCGCUCCGCGCCGGGCGCCCUCGCGCUGGUCAACCCGACGGGCGUCGCCAUGUUCGACAACGACCGCUACCUCGUCGUCGCCGACUUCGGCCAGCCCGCGGCGCUGAUCGUCGUCGAGUACCCGCGCCGGUGGGUCUCGACCCUGCCUACCACCAACGUCUUCCGCCUCUCCCCGCCGCCGGCCUACUCCCACUCCAACUUCUGCGACAUCGCGGCCGUCGGCCCGCCGACGCCGUCGAGGACUCAGAGCGUCGUCGUCGCCGCGUUCGAGGGCGAGGGCCGCGGGGCCGUCCUCGUCGCCGAGCUCAAGUUCGACCUGUCACCCGCGGCGGCGAUCGUGGUCAAGCACCGCGUCGACCUCGGCGGCGGCGAGCCCUGCCAGCUCUGCGUCAACGCGGGCGGGACGAUGUGCUUCGUGACGGUCUGGGACGCGACGAGCGGCCGCGUCGUCGCCGUCGACUUCGAGGACGCGUUCAGCGCCAAGGCCUACGGCGCGCCCUUCGACCAGAGCUGGACCAUCUGGGGCAUCACGGAGGCGUUGGUCACGCUGCCCGACGGCGGCGGCGCCGCGGCGCCCGCCCACGAGACAGCGCCGCGCGUCGUCGUCGGCGCCCUGAACGGCUCGCGGCUCGUCGCCUGCGACCCCUUGGGCGUCGCGAACGUGCUCCUCGCGGGCGGCGACGUCGCCGGCGACCGGGACGGCGCGCUGCCCCACGCGCAGCUGGACCAGCCCCUGGGCCUCGUGACGAGCCCGCACGGCCGCGCGUCGGUCUACGUCGCGUCCGCCGCGGGCCACUGCGCCGGCAGCGUGCGCCUCUUCAACUUCGGCACGACGGGCCUCCGCAAGCUCAUGGCGAACCUCCGCGCGAUCGGCGAGGCCUGCGUGCUCCCGGACGACUACGGCUACAUCCGGAGAAAUCUGGGCGCGCUGCCCUUCGACAGCGUGGACGCCUACCGCGCGCACGUGCACCGCCGGCCGUUCCGCGAGGCCGUCGCGGCGAUGACCGCGGCCAUCGAGUCCAUCGUGGCGGACAUGGACGUCAUGGGCGCGGCGAUCUCGCGGAGCGGCGGCGUCAACGCGACCAAGGGCCCCGACGCGACGCCGUCGAGCGCGACCGUGCGCGCGAUGCUCGCGCAGCUCCUGCUCCUCGACGACGCGUUCGCCGAGCUCGUCUGCGGCGGCGAGACGGGCUUGACGGCGGCGCAGCUCGACGCGUCGACGUCCAUGCUCGACGUCGUGACGACGCAUGCAGAGCGUUUCAACGCCCAGCAGCGGCAGGCGCAGGUGAAUUCGAGCGCCGCGGAGCUCGGCACCGCCGCCGACGUCGUCGCCCUCGAGCCCCGCGCCAUCGAGGACGCCCUCCAGAACGGCUCGCGGACGACGUGGGACACGCGGAAGCCCGGCGACGGCAAGACGUUCUACGUCACGCCCGAGGGCGGCAAGGCGGUCCCGUGGGAGGACGUCGACGCGAUCGUCAAGCCGCUGCGCACCGCUAAAGCGGCGCCUUCGGCCGUGCUCGGGCCAAAUCUGCGCGAGGCGACGCGGUGCCUUUUGCAAUUCUUCCCGAACGUGCCGACGCUCCGGCCGGGCAAGAAGUACGCGAACGUGACGCCCGUGGCGCCGGACAACAUGCUCGCGCAGGCCCCGCGCCCCGAGGGCGGCGGCCGCGAGAACGCGGUUCUGGAGCGGUGCGACGGCAUGGAUGACGGGGCCGCCGCCCUGCGCUUCUCGCUUGCAGCGACGGCGCGGCCCGCGACGGCGGGCACGCCGACGGGCACGGUCCUCGCGACCGAGCUCGCGCCGGGCCAGGUCGUGGUCGUCUUGGCUCCGGCCUCGGCGUACUAUGACCACUGCUUCAUGUGCCGGCGGCGCGUCGCGACGCUCUGGCGCUGCGCCCACUGCGUCAAGUCGCUCUGCCGCGAGCACGCGAAGGCGGCCGACGACGGGCCGCCGUCCGCGUCGUGGACGUGCGGGAAGGCGCACUCGGCCGCCGCGAAGCGGGACUUCGCGGAGCACCGGCGCGAGAUCCAGGACCGCUGGUCGCUCUACCAGAUCACCGGCCGCGGCGGGGUGGGGCUCUACCGCAUGCGCGUGGGGCCGCCCUCGACGCUCUCUUCCCGCGGCGACGACGGCGACGGCGGCGGCGACGACGACGACGACGCGGACACGCUCUACUUCCUGGGCCGCGAGCCCGGCGGCAAGGACCACCCGGUCGCUGAGUCUCUCCUUAGGGACUCCGACGGCAAGUUCAUGGACGUGUCCGCGGCGCUCGAGCUCGCCGCGCUCGCAAAGCAUGGGGCUCCGGAGCGCGCGCGACUCCCGGGGCCCCACGCGAAGCGCGUCGCGGACUUCGUCGCCGCGGCGCUCCACGUCGACGACGACGACGACGACGACGAGGAGGAGGAGGAGGAGGGCGAGGGCGACGACGGCGACGACGACGACGACGACGACGACGACGACGAGGCCUCGAAGACGACGCCCACGACGGUCGCGACCUUCCAGCCCGAAGCCUUCCUCGCCAUCGACCAGUUCAUCACGCUGGAGACGCCGCUCUCGAACGUGACGCCGCGGUUGUUGGGCGAGGACAGCUUGUGCACGUCGGCCUGGUCGAAGAAGGAGGGCGUCUCCGGGCCCGUCGCGCCGCCGAGCACGACGGAGACCGUGUGGUUCGACCGCGGGCAGCACGCGCACACGAAGGUGCACGGAUUCGGGAGCAUGCGCUGCGCGGCCGACGCGUCGGCGACGCCGAAGGCCUGCGAGAGGAGGCUCCGCUUCGCGUCGAGUUUCUCGAGUUGCGAGUCGCUGAAGAUGCGGCCGAGGGUCGCGACACUGACCUGGAAGGCGCGGCUCCUCGUGGAGCCCGCGCGGCCCUCCACCCUCACGCUCGACGGCGCCGGUUCGGCGCCGGCCUGGCGCCUCGAGGGCGCCGACGCCGCCGGCGCCGCGCUGCGCGGCGACGUCGUCACCGCCGACCGGCCCGGGUCCUUCCGCGUCGUCGCGGCCGUCGGCGGACGGACUGUCGCGUCCGCCGUCGCGCACUGCCGCUACGUGCGGCGCGAGAUCCGCGCGCUCGACGCGGAGGACCGAAAGCGCUACCUCGGCGCGCUGCGCGCCAUGGCCACGACGCCCAAGGCCGCGGGCCUCGCGGCCUACGGCUCCGGCUUCCGCACGGUCCCCGAGCUCGCGAAGGUGCACCUGCUCCGGGGCGCGAACCGCAUCUCCGACGAGCUCCACGACGGCCAGGGCUUCCUGCCGCAGCACCUGGCCCUCUCCAACGAGUUCGAGGUGAGCCUCCAGAGCGUCGACGCGGCCGUCGCGCUGCCCUACUGGGACUUCACGCGCGACUACGCGAACCUGGCGAAAACGACGGGCGCGCGCGAGGCGGACCUCUGGGCCGCGAACGGCGACCUCUGGCGCGCCGACGUCUUCGGCGUCAUGCCCGGCGGCGCGGAGGGGCGCAUCGUCGACGAUUUGGACCGCGUGCCGAACGUCCGGGAGGACCCGGCCGCGUUCCCCUUCGUGGCCGCGGGGACCGCGGCGGGCGACUGGCCCGUGGGCGCGGUCAACGCCUUUGGCUACAUGCGGUCGCCCUGGAACCUGAACCGGAGCCCCGCGGUGUCGCGCGCGCGGUCCUUCUGCGGGUUGGAGCGGCCGCUCGCGGACUGGCCCACGUGCGCGGACCACCACUCUCUAACGUUCGGGUCGCCGAGCCUCGCGGGCUACCUCCGCGGCGCGGGCGGCCACCCGCACGGAUCCGUGCACAUGAUGAUCGGCGGCGUCGGCGGCUGCGACGACGCCUACGCGGACCUGGCGAAAGCGUACGGCAACGCGACGGCGCCCCAGGGCAAGGCCCGGGGGGCCCGCGGCGCCGCGGCGGCGCCGACGCCCCUCGUCGACGAUUUUAUCCUGCACAUCAAGGACGUGCUCCAGGUGCUCUGGCGCUUCCGGGCGCUGGACUUCCCGCGAACCUGCGACGCGGAAAACCCGGCCGGCGGCUGCCACGCGGCCUGCGCGACGGCGCCGCCGCCCGUCGGCGCUUCCGACGACGACGCGGACCUCGCCUGGUGGCGCCGCGCCGUCUUCGAGAACGACAAGCUCACGGCCUUCGUGCCGCAGCUCGCGGCCGUGCCGCGCGGCGCGCAGGCCGCGGUCGCGCGCGCGGUCUGCGGCACGGAGUGGGCCUUCGGGGACCACGCGGGCGCCGAGUCGCCGCUGGACCCGAGCUUCUGGCCCAUGCACCCGACGCUGGACCGGUUGCUCCAGUACAAGCGCCUCGUGUCCGACUUCGACGACCAAACGUGGAGCGGCGGCAGCCUCUGCAAGUACGGCGCGACGUCGCCGUGCCUGGGGCACCGCGAGGACGACCUCACGGCCUUCAAGUCCCACGUCCAGGGCGACGGCGCCUUCGUGCUCGCCUACCUCACGAACCGGGAACUGCUCAACAUGACGGACCCGCGGAGCUACGCGAUGACCUACAUCUACGACGCCUUCGCCUGGCCCCACUGCGCGGACGGCGUGUUGCCGGGCCUCGACGACGCGCGGAG